ACAUAAACCCAGAAACCACUGCCGACGUUGCUUUCUGUCGAGCGCACACCUUGUAGAAGUUGUAGACUGGAACACAUGGCAAGGCCAGCGCACCUCGGCUGAGAGGAGACGUGCGGCAGGAAGUGACGUUUCCUCUAGUACAACUCGAGUUUUUCCCCCAUCCAUAAAGAGCAUGCUCAAGGUUGCUUGCACCAGUGGAAGGAAAAAAAAAGAUAUAGUGAACGUUCAGAGAAACCUCGUGUCGAGGGAGCAUACAAUACCAGACGAUUGGCACAAUCGAAGAGCGACUUCUGAGAAGCUACCAUGGACCACGCAAGGUCGACAAUAUCCAAAAUUUUCAAUGGAGAGCCUCGCUCAUACACACGCUUCAACCUGACACAGAACAUGGAGGGCGAGAACAGCCAAGUGGAGAUGAAGCUGUCGUCCGACAUGGACGAGGAGGUGGGGGGCAAUGGCGUGGGGGAGGACCUCAACCAUGCCAAGGAACCCUAUGUGGUACACAAGCCUGCCGGGCGCACGCCCAAGAACGUCUGCUUCAUGGUGGCCACCGUACUCCUCAUCUUCAUCAUCAGCUAUCUGAUUGGCUACCUGUCCCACCGGAAGACAGAGUUGGCUCCUCCCAGCUGCUCUAGGUCCACCUUUGAAGAAUCCAUUACCGAGGAUUCCGUUAAGAUGGAGGCGGACCCUCUCAUGGACUGGAAGGACGUGAAGAGCCUGCUGGAUCAGAAGAUGACUGCCUCUAGCAUCGAGAGUGCCUUCAGUGAGUUUGCUAGUAAAAGCCAUCAGGCAGGCUCUGCUGGAGACAUGGCGCUGGCCAACAAGGUGCUGGGAAGGUUCAAAGAGUAUGGCAUGGACACGUGGACUGACGGGCACUUUGUCAAGCUUGUGGAUCCCCCUGCCUCUGGCUCCAACAUGGUGACCUUCAAAGGGUCUGACCUUGGAGAACUGAGGGGCUAUCUGGCCUACAGCAAAACUGGAACAGCAAAGGGCGCAGUACUUCACGGCAACUACGGCCAGAUGGACGACCUGGGGAAACUGCAGGAUAAGAACAUUGCCUUGGACGGGAGGGUCCUUCUGGUCAGAUCUGGGAAAAUAAGCUUUGCUGAGAAGGUGGCCAAUGCAGCCAAGCUGAAUGCCUCUGCUGUUCUCAUCUACCCUGAUGGCGACAGACGGCUCGGAGGGUCCACUCAGCUCUUUGGCCAUGUCCAUCUUGGCUCUGGCGACCCUUACACCCCCGGGUUCCCCUCCUUCAACCAUACCCAGUUUCCCCCUGUCCAGUCCUCAGGCCUCCCCAGCAUCCAGGCCCAGACCAUCACAGUCAACAUGGCUGCCACUAUCAUGAAGGGGAUGGAAGGGACAAGCGCCCCUACAGGUUGGGUAGGGGUAGGAAGACUGGGAGAUGAUAAAGAUAUGGUCACGGUGGAGGUCAACAACGUCCUGUCUGAGAAGUUUAUCAACAACGUGUUUGGAGUCAUCAAAGGCUUUGUGGACCCAGAUCGUUUUGUGGUUAUGGGUGCUCAGAGGGAUGCCUGGGGUCCAGGCUUCGCCAGCUCCACAGUGGGUACCAGUGUGUUGGUGGAGUUGGCCCGCGCCAUCUCAGACAUGGUGAAAAAUGAUGGCUUCAAGCCCAGGAGGAGCAUUGUUUUUGCCAGCUGGAGUGCUGGAGAGUAUGGGAGUGUUGGCGCCACCGAGUGGUUGGAGGGUUAUUUGUCGUCUCUGAACAUGAAAGCCUUCUCUUACAUCAACCUGGAUGGAGUUGUAUCAGGUUUCCCAACAUUCAAAGCCUCGGCCAGCCCUUUGAUGUACACACUCAUCCAGAGAACGCUACGGGAGGUGAACACUCUCAGUGACUUCGGUACACUCUACUCUGCAGUCCCCGGGUCUAACUGGGAAGCAGCAGUCAUGGAGCCUCUGAGGCUAAAUGAUCCCGCUUAUCCCUUCAUCACCUUCUCCGGCAUCCCAUCCGUCUCAUUCCGUUUCACCACAGAGGGUGCGGAAUACCCAUACCUCGGGACACUGGAUGAUACACGCGACAAGCUGUAUGGCGCCACGUCCAACCAGGUAGCCAAGCUGGCGGUGUCAGCAGGGCAGUUCGCUGGGAAAAUGGCCCUGCGGCUGGUCCACGACCACCUGCUGCACCUGGAUGUAGAGAAAUACAUCCGCCAGAUCCGCACCCACGUGUUCGCCAUUAACUCCAAGAUCCAAAAAGUGCAGAGUAUGCAGCCCCAGAUGUUGCCUAAGUCGCUGUCUGUCCACUGGCUGAUAUCUGCGACGGGCUCCUACAGCCGAGCCGCCAGCAGGCUGUCCAAUGAAAUCGAUAAUAGUAACCUGGAGGACGUAGCGAUGUGCCGUAACAUCAACGACCGCAUCAUGAGUGUGGAGAGGGACUUCCUGUCCCCAUACGUGUCUCCCAGGGAGACUCCGUUCCGCCACAUCCUGGUGGGCUCCGGCUCCCACACCCUGAAGGCUCUGUCGGACCACCUGGACGCCCUGCAGAACGACCAAUCAGACGCCGACGCUGAUCUGUUCCGGAUUGAGUUUGCUUUGGCAACCUGGACCAUCCAGGGCUGCGCCAACUCACUGGCGGGGGAAGUCUGGUCCAUAGAUAACAUGAUCUAAGCCGGUCUCGACAUGUCCUAUUAAACAAAACACCCAAUAUAGCCAUUGCUCAAGGCACCAUCAGUAAGGUUCACCCAUUCAGGAAAAUUAAAUAGAAGUGUUCUGUAUCGAUAUCAAUAACUCAACCUCCUUUUUUUCAUAUGCAUUGCAACUCAUCAGUACGAUAUGCUGUAUUUACCUUCAGCACAAGGCCCCAAAAAAUAACACUUAAAAUCAACUGCCUUAAAUUUCGCUUGUUUGAGAAAUAAGUGAAAAGCCAUUAUCACUAUUGCGAGAAAAAAAAACUGAAAUGCAUUUCCUAACGCCUCAUUUGAAAUAUAUUGGUGCUAAAUAUGAAUGACUAAUGGCCUACAAAUGUCACAGUACUUACUAGUAUGGCAAUAACGCAGUUUUGGCCCAAUAUCCAAGGUCACAAACACCUAAAUUGUGUGUGUAAACUCAAGAGGUACUUUGCGAUUACAACAAAAAGGUUAUUAUGGUACUCUUACCUACUAUGAACAAAAUUACUUUUUUUUUUUUUUUUUACAAUCCGAGACGGCUGUUAUUUCUACACUGUUACUUUUACAUUGGAUUCAAACCUGGGCUGUUUUUAUAGAGAUUAUGGUGCUGAAAACUUUAGAACGAGACCUGGUCUGAGAUCUGUUGCCAAAUGGGUUUAAAUGUACAUUCAGCUCAGAAAGUAACACGGAAUAGAUCGUUAUCAAUAAAACGUCGCAAUAUUUGAUUUGCCUACUUGGUGGCAAGGAGACCACAGCUCUGCUAAAACCAUGGGCAACUGCGUGCCCCUUUUUCAAGGGAUUGUUAAAUAAAUGUUAACUAUUUGGUUGUAAUAUAAUCCCCCUCCUUGAAGAGCAUAGUCAGAACUACACAUUUACGAUUAUUCUUACAAACAAUUGAGCACAUUUUUAGGUCUAUCAUCAGUUUUUAUACAGCAUGUAACUUGCAUGCUUUUCAUGAUCAGUAAACAUCAAUUGAUCUAAUUUCAGAUACUUGAGGGCAGCCUCACGAGAUCCCUCAAUAUUGGCCACCAUUUAAUUGGAUAUUUAAGUGCUAAAAAAGUUAACGAAACCUGACAAGAAUGAGUGGUUUAGGUUAAUUUCACCAUCUUUUGUGGGCUCUGCCUGUCAAGCAGCAGAAGGCGCAUUUGCAGAUGUAAUGUUUACAUUGCAAGCUACCGGUAGAAAGUUUGUACAGUUGGCUGAACAUAUAUAUAUGUGUGUGUGUGUAUAUAUAUAUAUAUGUAUGUGUGUGUGUGGUAAGUAGACCUAUUUGUACUUUUUUUUCUUCAACCAAUGUAGGCCUACCUAGGGACGUUUUGCUAACAUCCCCUUUUCAACAUAGUGUUUAAUCACGAUUGCUGCUGACACAUAAUAGGCGACAUUGAUUGAUGGACCACGGCUGGUUAACAAGCUGAUUUUCAGGGGAUAUAUUGUGCGCCUGCCAUCUAUUAUGGUGAUGACAGUCCGAUUUUACAACUUUACCAGGACGAGGAUUUACCAAUGUGAAGCUCAUUCCUAAAGCCUAAUCUCUGAUGAAGCAAGCUAAAUUAGUUUUAGCUAGCUACAUGCCAAAUGGCUAGGCUACCUACCCUCACGUAUCUUAAUAAAUGACAUGAUACAUUGAUGUUUACUGACAAUGAAAAAGCAUGCAGUGACUGCUAAAUGUGCAAUAAUCGGAAAUGUGGUGUUCUGACUAUGCUCUUCAAGAGGUGAUGAUAUUAAAAACCUAAAUAGUUAUAAUAUUGAUUUAACAAUCCCUUUAAACGGCACAUAUAUAGUUGCCAAUGGUUUUUGACACUUUAUUGAUGACGACCUGUUGACCCUACACUAAGCCCUGCCUGCCUUGGUUACUGUUGCCAACCGGAAGCCCAAUUCUCCAUUCAACCACUGGCGAAAUCUCACAAACUGUUUCGCAUACACAAUGAAAUUAGACAGACUAGCCCUUGCUAAUCAGGAAACUCUUGGGUAUGUUGUGGUUGCCUGUCAUUACAGUUGCUUCACGGGAACCUGGUAAAAUUGUUUUGUACUUUUAGCUAGCCACUGAAUGGCUCUGAAUUCAUUGUCGGCAUGCAGAUAAAGCUAUAACCACUUUUGGAGAUAACUAGUGCCCUCAAAAACCGUAUCCUGAUGUCGACAGCAGUAUACGCUAAAAACCUAACUAGCUAGCUAAAACAAUUUAGCUAGCGUUAGCAAGCUUUGGUGGUCAGCGACAGAGCUAGCUAACCAGCUGAACUAGCAAACCAAAUGUAUAUAAUUUCGGGUUCAAAAAAUACUCCAACAGGGUCUAUAUUUCAGGAAUCACAGCAAGUAUUCCUGGUGCAUAUUUCAAAUAUUUAUCCGUUUUAAUAAAGUUUGAAUUUAUUUUAUUUUUUUGUGCCAUAGAUGGGUUGGCGUGGCUUGGCGAAGGGUCAUUUGAACCACGUAAAGUGAGACCAUCUAACUUAGUUACUGAUAUUCAGUUGUCCUUAGACCUAAAGGUUAAAGCCCUUUGUUUUUACGCCUCAAGCAACAUCUUCCUUACACCACGCUUGUGAGCUCUAAAAAUGGCCUCCUGCUGACAUGAAUACAAUAGCGAGGACUUUUAAACCUGGGGGAGAAAGGGUCUUCACCACAUGGCACUGAAAAGGUCUAUUUAUUUCCUUGUUUAUUUAUCAGUGACAGGGUUCACUAUAAAUGGUGUGGUUUUUUUUAACAACUUUUUAAACAUGUAUAAUUAUCGGGAGCAGUGUCUUCCAUAAUUAUGACAGUAAUACUGUCGAAAUGACAAAGCAGCAUCUGCUAUGGAAGUGUACCUGUCAGACCGACUAACCCAUACUAGAGACUAGCCCAUACUUCAGUCCAUUCAGUCACCUACUUCACAACCGAAUGCAGGUUCUGCGAGUUAGCCGUUAAUAUAUUCCCGAAUGACAUCUCAAACCGAUUUCAAAAUACAUUAAAAACAGCACAACAGAAGUUGGUUGCAUAAAAAAAUAAAAAAAUAAUAAUUGAACCGUUAUUUCACUAGGCAAUCAGUUAAGAACAAAUUCUUAUUCAUAAUGACAGCCUACCCCGGCCAAACACUAACGACGCUGGGCCAAUUGUGCGCCGCCCCAUGGGACUCCAAUCGCGGCCGGUUGUGAUACAGCCUGGAAUCGAACCAGGGUCUGUAGUGACGCCUCUAGCACUGAGAAGCAGUGCCUUAGACCGCUGCGCCACCCAGGAGCCCAAAUUGCCUUUUAGAUUAACACAAAACUCAAGGCGGUUUCUAGUACAGGUCUCUUGGUGGAUGUACACUUUCUCAUCCUGAAACAUUAUCGGGAGCAGUGUCUUCCAUAAUGUGAAGAAGAAGGUAGUUUUUGUCUACCAGCGUGUCCGUAUCGGAGGCAGUGACCUCCAUAUUUCACUGUAGGGUGGAUGUGAUUUUAUUAUCGGGAACAGUGUUUCCCAUAAUGUUGUGUAUAUAAUGUCUGCAUCUGCAUCUUUUGCGGUGCUUGCCGUUCCCUGUCAUGUUGUCGCAACCCCUAUAACCGUGGCACUCUGUAGUCGGCUAGUAUUUUGAUUUCUACCAGGUGCUGUUCUUCUCUUGUUGACUCAAUUCAUAAGGAAUUGAUAGUGUUAUCCUGAAACAUCCAUUGAUUGGGUAAAUGUUAAAGCUGAGACUGAAGGAUGUAGUCAAAAGGGUUUCAUGUUUUCACAAGGGAUUGAGACCUGAUGUGGGCUGUCUUUAUUUCCUGUAUGAUUCUGUUCCUAUGACAAUAUCGGUUACACUUAACAUAAAGCCUGCACUGCAGUAUAAUGCUUUAUUACUUUAUAAGCAUGUGUGAGCCAUUUAUAAUGUCUUAUUCUAAGGCUUAUAAUUUGCUUUCUCUUUAUGUAGGAUUUUUUUUUUAAAGGACAAAAACUGACUUAUUUAGUCUGGUUCAUUAUGAGACCAAUCAGAAGACAUGACAAGUCUUACAAUGCAUUAUAACAACAAUGCAUUAUACCUGCAGGCUUUGAAUAAAGUGUUACCAAGUUACAUAUUUUUUUUCCUAUUUCUCCCUUUUUUUUGGGUUGCUGUACAUUCUGUUCUCUUUAGGGGUUUAGGCUAUCUGUGCCUUGGGAUUUUGUGAAUGGUAAUAAUGUAGAGAAAUCCUGGCGAAAUGAAGUCUUCUCUGUGGUGAAUAUUGUUUUUUCUUUAUCCAUACUUCUUUGCAGACAUUGCAGUUCUUGAUUUUUAAGAUGUUUGAGUAUAAUUUGGAUGCGUUUGAGUCUGUCAUUUGUUAGCUUUAAAGCUAGAAUCCGCUGUUGAAACAACAACAACAACAACAACGGGUAACUUUGUUGUCCUUUUACUCUGUGUUAGUAAAAAUGCUGGGGGAUGGGCCUGGAGAAAUGCAACCGCUCUCAAAUUCAUAGACAGAGCUAUGGAUCCAAGGACUGACUUCAUGACAUCUAUCAAAAUCAUUCCGUGGAGGGCCGCUUGUCUGCAGGUUUUCGCUCCACACUUGUAGUUGAUUGAUGAAUUGCGGUCGCUAAUUAGGUAAACUCCCAUCACUUGGUUGUCUAGUACUAAAUUGAAACGAAAAGCCCGCAGACACUCUGCCCUCUGUGGAAUGAGUUUGACACCCCUGAUUCAUGAUAUCAAAGUUAGUGUUUUGACCAAGCUCAUUAAUAAGGCAUUCAUAAUUGAUAUUCUUGAAUAUUCAAUGGGUGUAUAUACCAUUUUUUUAUUUAUAAGUCCAAAAUGGAUGUAGCAUCUGCGGAUUCCAGCGUUAAGCCCAAAGUCAUUGUUUUUGAGAGAAGUCUACCCUAUACUAUUACUCAUAGGUUAUAAACAGGCUUGAUAUGACUGAUGGGAAAUAACAUGAAUAUUUGAAAAAAGAAUGUCUAGAACAACUUCCUAACUUGAACAGCAGACAGUAAAGAAUUUCUUAAACUUUUUGUUUAUGGGACACAAAAUGUACUGAUAGUCAAAUAAUUUUAUCAUCAGUCACUGACGUCUGCUCGAUAGGUAGACCUGAGUUGUCAUGUCACAUUGGCAGAGUAAAAAUUCCAUUAACCAAAUUGUCAGGGAUUACCACACUGUGAAAUUGCUAUUUUCCUGCAGUAGUUAGACUUGGCAUUUUACAUUUAACCACUCUAAACUGAAAGUAUGCUACAAUCAGAUUAUUCAGUAUGUUAAUUUAUAUCUAAAGUAUUGGCAAAACUGAUGCCCCACAAAGGUGUAAGUGGUGUAUUGAUUGUUGACUUAUGAUAGAAAUUUCCUACAAUGUAUAUUUCUGAGGAUUGGAUUACAUAGCUUCCCUUUGGUGGCCACUUAAAAAAAUAGAGAAAAAGCCUGAAACAAUAGGUAGCAUAUUUUGAAAAGACCACUUGUUGGAUUUUUGUCUUUGUUUAGGACUACGCAAAAUUGCUUGUCUCCUGUGUUUGCUGCAAUAAAUCAUUACACGGGU